UUCCUUAGUUAUGGCUCUUCCUUAGAGCUCUUAUCAAAGAAGGAAGAAAUGUGGACAAGCAAUAGCCCCUUUCUUCCAGACCAAUUGCUAAAAUCGACUCAAUCAAGAAUCCACACAAAGACUGGAUAUUGGAGUAGAAAAUCAUGGCUGACUUUGCCGAUCUCGUCUUACAAGCCGUUAAUAAAAACGGCAAAGUUGACACUUUAGAGCUUUCAGAACUGCAAGAAGUUGAUCAUCAGAAGUUUGUUGGCGCGGUGAAGAGUCUACAAUCAUUAGGAAAUAUUAUUAAUGUUGAACAGAAACAAUUAAAACGAUUCAAGUUGACAGAAGAGGGUCAUUCUGUUGCUGAAAAUGGAAGCCAUGAAGCUCGUGUUUAUUCAAAUGUUCCACCAGAAGGAAUUACUCAAGCUGAAAUUAUGAAAAUAGUUCCAAAUGCCAAGGUUGGAUUCAGUAAGGCAAUGUCUGCUGGGUGGAUAAAAGUAGACAAACAAGCCGACGGUGGACCUAAAGUUUUUAGAAAAGUUGAAACAAUAGAAGAUAAGGUGGAGAAAUGCAUGCAGCAGAUAAAGAAAAUGAAUUUAGAAAAUAUAGCUGACUCACAAAUAGCUGAAUUUAAGAAAAGAAAACUAGUCAGCGAAGAAAAGGUUACCAGUUAUAUUGUUACAAAAGGAGAAGAUUUUACACUAAAUGUUUCGAAACCAGAAGUUGAUCUGACAGCAGAAAUGAUUGCCAGCGGUUCAUGGAAGACAAAGAAUUUCAAACCAUAUAACUUUGAUGCUCUAGGCGUUCCACCACAGGGUGGUUAUCUACAUCCAUUACUCAAGGUUCGAACUCAGUUCAGACAAAUAUUCUUAGAGAUGGGGUUCUCUGAGAUGCCCACCAAUAGUUUUAUAGAAAGCAGUUUCUGGAAUUUUGAUGCACUAUUUCAACCACAGAAACAUCCUGCAAGAGAUGCACAUGAUACUUUCUUUGUCUCAGAUCCCAAAUCUGCCUCAGGUUUCCCCAUGGAAUAUUUAGAAAAGGUUAAAAAAGUUCACUCAGAAGGAGGAUAUGGUUCUCAAGGAUAUCGAUGUGAAUGGGGUAUAGAAGAAGCUGAGAAGAAUAUUUUAAGAACUCAUCUAACAGCAUGUAGUGCUAGAAUGUUGUAUAAAUUAGCUCAACAAAAACCAUUCAAACCAGCAAAAUACUUUGCCAUUGACAGAGUGUUCAGAAAUGAAACAUUAGAUUCCACUCAUUUAGCAGAAUUUCAUCAAAUAGAAGGCCUCGUAGCUGAUAGGAAUUUAACCUUGGGUGAUUUAAUGGGAAUAAUCAAUGAAUUCUUCCAAAAAUUAGGUAUAACCAAGUUAAGGUUCAAGCCUGCCUUCAACCCCUACACAGAACCUAGUAUGGAAAUAUUCUCUUAUCAUGAAGGUUUACAGAAAUGGGUAGAAAUUGGAAAUUCUGGUGUUUUCCGCCCUGAGAUGUUAUUACCAAUGGGAUUACCAGAAGAUGUUUCUGUAAUUGCCUGGGGUUUAUCUACGGAAAGACCAACAAUGAUAAAGUACAAAGUAAACAACAUUCGAGAUUUAGUUGGACCAAAAGUCGACCUGCAAAUGGUUUAUGAUAAUCCUAUAUGUCGUCUAGAUAAACAUUAAAUAGAACCUAUUAAAUAAUUUAUUGUAAUAAACCAUUUUUAUAUACAUAUGA